GUUUCUUCCUUCCUUCUUCUUCUUCACUUCACGUCUUCACCUACGGUCGUACCCUACUGGCCUGCACUUGCUGCUCCGCUGUGUCCUCGCCACCGGUGCGGUGGUUGGUGCUGUUAGAUUCAAAAAAAAAAAAAGUCAAACCGCCGGUUCAAACCGGUUCGAUUUGUGUCCGGUUUCGGUUUGAACCGGUUCUCGAAUCUAUAUAGUUGCUCUUUAGUUUACUGUUUAUUAAUCGAUCGAUAUAUUGUGUUGGUUUCUUGGAUUGAAAUGCGGAAUUAGGAAGGAGUUAUUUGGUGAAACAAAAUUGGUUGUGAGGUCAGUUGAUCGUUUGGGUCAUCUAUAUUGUUGUUGUUCUACUUGCAGAUCUGAAUACAAUCAUGGCGGAUAAAGAAGAUCAAACUGCUACGAACGAGGUUAAGGAUGAUGUUGGAGAGAUAACUUCUUUUGAUCCUACAAAAAAGAAGAAAAAGAAGAAAGUCGUGGUUCAAGAUCUAGUUGAAGAGGAGCCUGUUGAUACGCUUGUUGAGAAAACCGAGAGCUUGACUGUUUCUGAUACUGUCGAAACUUCAUUUGCUGGUCUUAAAAAGAAAAAGAAGAAGCCAGCACCUACAGAUUUGAAUGAAGAAAAAGAGAAUAUUGUCGAAAAUUCAGAAGAUAUCAAUGGAGAAGAUGAGGAUGGGGAAGGAAUUGUUUUACAACAGUAUCCUUGGGAAGGAACUGAUCGAGAUUACGAGUAUGAGGAGCUUCUUGGCCGAGUCUUCAACAUUCUUCGUGAGAAUAACCCAGAGCUUGCUGGAGAUCGGCGCAGGACAGUUAUGAGACCACCUCAAGUUCUUCGAGAAGGCACCAAAAAAACUGUCUUUGUGAAUUUCAUGGAUCUCUGCAAAACGAUGCAUCGACAGCCCGAGCAUGUCAUGACUUUCUUGCUGGCUGAAAUGGGUACAAGCGGUUCUCUGGAUGGACAACAAAGGUUGGUGGUCAAGGGAAGGUUUGCCCCAAAGAACUUUGAGGGAAUUCUGCGAAGAUACAUCAAUGAGUAUGUUAUCUGCAAUGGAUGCAAAAGUCCGGACACUAUCCUCUCAAAGGAGAACCGGCUCUUCUUUCUCCGAUGUGAAAAGUGUGGGUCUGGGCGAUCAGUUGCUCCGAUCAAGGCUGGAUUUGUGGCCCGUGUUGGUCGCAGGAAAGCCGGAACCUAAAUGUAUGUUGCUUCUCCUCCCCUCAAACGCUACACAAGACAAAAUUACUUUAACAAUAUCGUUCUUACCAAAACUUUCCUUACUAAUAAUGUGGUGUGGUGUGGAGUGGAAGAUUGCCGCAUUCUCUAACUAACUAUCAGGAUCGAUAUAUGGAUAUAUUGUUGAGUAUUGUCCCACGUUGCAUAUGACGCGGAACUCUCUUUUGGCUUACAGUGAAGAGCCACUCCAUCUAUGAUCAAUUAGUUAGAAGUCCGGAUCCUUUUUCUUUUUUUAACACUAUCAGGAUGGAUGUGUAUGGAUAUGCUACUGAUAAUGAAUGCAUGGUUUUAAUUAUUAUUGUUAUUAUUAUAUAGUUUUAAAACUAAAUUAA